AUGCUGCGCGUGAUUGUGGAGGCCUGUUGUGGUGGCGCUGUGCUGGACAUGAUGGCUGUGUCUUUGUGGAUGCAGCCGCAGACACAGCCGGCGAGAGAGGGGAGGGGAGGAGGAGGCCGGUGUGGAGGCAGGCGUUUCAUAUAUACAUGCGGUGGGACUUUGAAAGGGAGGAACGGGACCAUCGAGAGCCCCGGUUUUCCGUACGGGUAUCCCAACGGGGCGAACUGCACGUGGGUCAUCGUGGUGGAGGAAGGGAACCGCAUCCAGAUCGUCUUUCAGUCCUUCGCCAUCGAGGAGGAGUACGACUUCCUCUCGCUCUACGAUGGCCAUCCCCAUCCGGGAAACUUCAGGACGAGGUUAACAGGCUUUCAAAUCCCACCGCCAGUCACGAGUACAGGGUCAGUGUUCUCCCUGCGUCUCACCAGUGACUUCGCCGUCAGUGCGCACGGCUUCAAAAUAUACUACGAAGAGUUGCAGAGUAGUGCCUGUGGAAACCCAGGCGUCCCCCCGAAAGGCAUCCUGUCCGGCACGCGCUUCAACGUCGGCGACAAGAUCCGCUACAGCUGCGUGACGGGCUACGUGCUGGACGGCCACCCCCAGCUCACCUGCGUCACCAACGCCGCCAACAUGGCCGUCUGGGACUUCCCCGUCCCCAUCUGCCGAGCUGAGGACACAUGUGGUGAUACUCUGAGGGGUUCAAGUGGCAUCAUAUCAAGUCCCAAUUUCCCGAGUGAAUAUUACAAUAAUGCGGACUGUACGUGGACCAUACUUGCUGAUCCCGGAGACACCAUUUCCGUCAUUUUUACAGACUUCCAGACAGAGGAAAAAUACGAUUACUUGGAGGUGGAAGGCUCAGAACCGCCAACGAUUUGGUUAUCCGGGAUGAAUGUGCCGUCACCCAUUGUCAGCAACAAGAAUUGGCUGAGGCUACACUUUGUUACUGACAGCAACCAUCGAUACAAAGGCUUCAGUGCCCAUUAUCAAGUGAAAAGGUCCGUAGACUUUAAAUCUAGAGGAGUUAAGUUAUUCCCAGGCAAAGACAACAGCAACAAGUUUUCUAUCUUGAAUGAGGGAGGCAUCAAACAGGCAUCCAACUCCUGCCCGGACCCAGGGGAGCCGGAGAAUGGCAAGCGAAUCGGAUCGGACUUCAGCAUUGGGGCCACAGCUCAGUUCACCUGUGAUGAGCACCACGUCCUCCAGGGCUCCAAGACCAUCACCUGCCAGAGGGUCGCCGAGGUCUUCGCAGCAUGGAGCGACCAUCGGCCCGUCUGCAAAGAGAAAACAUGUGGCUCCAAUCUGCAGGGUCCAUCCGGUACCUUCACGUCCCCGAACUUCCCUAUCCAGUACGACAGCAACUCCCAGUGUGUCUGGAUCAUCACCGCCAGUAACCCUAACAAGGUAAUACAGAUUAACUUUGAGGAGUUCGACCUGGAGAUUGCCUACGACACGCUCACCAUAGGCGACGGAGGGGAAGUCGGUGACCCGUCUACCGUGCUGCAAGUCCUGACGGGGAGCUUUGUGCCGGACCUCAUCGUCAGCAUGACCCACCAGAUGUGGCUCCACCUCCAGUCUGAUGAGAGUGUGGGCUCCAUUGGAUUCAAGAUCAACUACAAAGAGAUUGACAAGGAGAGCUGUGGGGACCCGGGGACGCCGCUGUACGGCAUGCGGGAAGGUGACGGCUUCUCCAACGGGGACGUCCUGCGCUUCGAGUGCCAGUUUGGCUUCGAGCUCAUCGGCGAGAAGACCAUCUCCUGCCAGGACAACAACCAGUGGUCUGCCAACGUGCCCAUAUGCAUAUUCCCCUGCCUGUCCAACUUCACAGCUCCGAUGGGGACAGUGUUGUCCCCAGACUAUCCCGAAGGUUACGGUAAGAACCUGAACUGCGUGUGGCUGAUCCUGUCGGAGCCCGGCAGCCGUAUCCACCUGGCCUUCAACGACUUCGACCUCGAGGCUCCCUACGACUUCCUGACUGUCAAGGAUGGUGAGUUCCUGGACUCUCCUGUGCUGGGCCGCUACUCGGGGGCUGAGGUGACGUCGCACCUGACCAGCAACACCAACAUCCUGCGGCUGGAGUUCCAGGCCGAUCACUCCAUGUCCGGACGCGGCUUCAACAUCACAUACACCACUUUCGGCCACAACGAGUGCCCGGAUCCCGGCGUGCCCCUGAACGCCCGGCGGUUUGGCGACAACUUCCAGCUGGGUAGUUCGAUCUCGGUGAUCUGCGAGGAGGGCUUCAUCAAGACCCAGGGGGCGGAGACCAUCACCUGCGAGCUGGCCAACAGCAAGGUCAUGUGGAGCGGGCCCAUCCCCAAAUGUGAAGCUCCAUGUGGUGGCCACUUCACGGCUCCCAGUGGUGUGAUCCUGUCCCCCGGGUGGCCGGGCUACUACAAGGACUCCCUCAGCUGCGAAUGGGUCAUCGAGGCGGAGGUGGGACGCUCCAUCAAAAUCACUUUCGACAAAUUCCAGACGGAGAUCAAUUAUGACUUCCUGGAGCUCCAUGACGGCCCCAACCUGCUCUCUCCCCUGAUUGGCUCCUUCAACGGAAGCCAGGUGCCCCAGUUCCUGUUCAGCAGCACCAACCACCUAUACAUGCUGUUCACCACCGACAACAGCCGCUCCGACGGGGGAUUCAAGAUCCUCUACGAGAGCGUGACGGUGGACACCUAUUCCUGCCUGGACCCCGGCAUCCCGGUGAAUGGGCUGCGUUACGGGCAGGACUUCUCCAUCGGCUCCACGGUGUCGUUUGGUUGCGACCCCGGCUACCGGCUCAGUCACGAGGAGCCGCUGGUGUGCGAGAAGAACCACUGGUGGAGUCACCCGCUGCCCACCUGCGACGCUCUGUGUGGUGGUGAUGUGCGUGGUCCCGGUGGCACCAUCCUGUCCCCAGGGUACCCCGAGAUGUACCCCAGCUCCCUCAACUGCACCUGGACAGUGGAGGUCAGCCACGGAAAAGGUGUGCAGUUCACCUUCAUCACCUUCCACCUGGAGGACCAUCACGACUACCUGUCCAUCACGGAGAACGGCAGCUUCGUGCAGCCGCUGGCACGCCUGACCGGCUCCGAGCUCCCCGCGCCCAUCAACGCCGGUCUCUAUAGCAACUUCAAGGCCCAGCUGCGCUUCAUCUCCGACUUCUCCAUCUCCUACGCUGGCUUCAACAUCACCUUCUCAGAGUACAACCUGGAGCCCUGCGAGGACCCGGGCGUGCCGCGCUACGGACGCCGCAACGGCUACAGCUUCAGCAUCGGGGACACGCUGACCUUCUCAUGCAACGUGGGCUACCGCCUGGAGGGGGUGCCGGAGAUCAUGUGCCUGGGAGGGGGUCGGCGCAUGUGGAGCGCCCCUCUGCCAAGGUGUGUGGCUGAGUGCGGCUCGUCUGUCAUCAACAACGAGGGAAUUCUGCUGUCCCCAAACUACCCCAUGAACUACGACAACAACCACGAGUGCAUCUACAGCAUCCAGGUGCAGGCUGGGAAAGGCAUCAACAUAUCCGCCCGGACCUUCCACUUGGCUCAGGGAGACAUACUCAAGAUCUACGAUGGGAAGGACAACACGGCCCAUGUGCUGGGGGCAUUCACCGGGUCGGCCAUGCUGGGCCUCACCCUCAUCAGCACCUCCAACCACCUGUGGCUCGAGUUCUUCUCCGACGCUGACGUGACGGGAGAGGGCUUCAAGCUCGUCUACUCCAGCUUCGAGUUGUCCCACUGCGAGGACCCCGGCGUGCCCCAGUUUGGCUACAAGGUGAACGACCAGGGCCACUUCUCCGGCAGCACCAUCACCUACAAGUGUAACCCCGGCUACACUCUGCAUGGCAGCAGCGUGCUCAAGUGCAUGACGGGCGAGCGACGCACCUGGGACAACCCCCUGCCUUCCUGCAUCGCGGAGUGUGGGGGUCGCUUCAAGGGGGAGUCCACCGGCCGCAUCCUGUCUCCUGGAUACCCGUUUCCAUACGACAACAACCUCCGCUGCACCUGGACCAUCGAGGUGGACACGGGCAACAUCGUCAGCUUGCAGUUCCUGGCGUUCGACACAGAGGCGUCCCAUGACAUCCUGAAGGUGUGGGACGGUCCCCCGGAGAACGAGAUGUCCCUGCGGGAGGUGAGCGGCUCGCUGCUGCCCGAGGGCAUCCACAGCACCCUCAACGUCGUCACCAUCCAGUUCGAGACCGACUUCUACAUCAGCAAGUCCGGCUUCGCCAUCGAGUUCUCAAGCUCCGUGGCCACGGCCUGCAGGGAUCCCGGCAUUCCCAUGAACGGCAGCCGUAAUGGGGACGGCCGGGAGCCGGGUGACAUGGUGACGUUCCAGUGUGACCCGGGCUACGAGCUGCAGGGGGACAUGAAGAUCACCUGCAUCCAGGUGGAGAACCGCUACUACUGGCAGCCCAGCCCACCCGUUUGCAUAGCUCCUUGUGGUGGUAAUCUGACCGGCUCCAAUGGCUUCAUCCUGUCCCCUAACUUCCCACACCCGUACCCCCACAGCAAGGACUGCGACUGGCUGAUCGCCGUCAACUCAGACUACGUCCUGUCGCUGGCAUUCAUCAGUUUCAGCAUCGAGCCCAACUACGACUUCCUGUACAUCUACGACGGGCCAGACAGCAAUAGCCCCCUCAUCGGCAGCUUCCAGGACAGCAAGCUCCCCGAGCGCAUCGAGAGCAGCUCCAACACCAUGUACCUGGCCUUCCGCAGCGAUGGCUCCGUCAGCUACGCCGGCUUCCAUCUCGAGUACAAAGCCAAGUUGAGGGAGUCGUGCUUCGACCCGGGUAACGUGAUGAACGGGACGCGUCUGGGCAGCGACUACAAGCUGGGCUCCACGGUGACGUUCUACUGCGAGGCGGGCUACGUGCUGCAGGGCUACUCCACACUCACCUGCAUCAUGGGGGACGACGGCCGGCCCGGGUGGAACCGGGUGCUGCCCAGCUGCCAAGCCCCUUGUGGCAGCCGCUCCACAGGCAACGAGGGCACGGUCCUGUCCCCCAACUUCCCCCGCAACUACACCACAGGCCACAGCUGCGUCUACGCCAUCUCCGUGCCCAGGGAGUUCGUGCUGUUUGGCCAGUUUGUGCUGUUCCAGACGUCUCUGAAUGACGUGGUGGAUAUCUACGAUGGGCCCACUCAGCAGUCACCCCUGCUCUCAUCCCUCUCAGGAUCACACUCAGGCGAGUCCCUGCCUCUGAGCACUGGCAACCAGAUUACCAUCAAGUUCACCACUGUUGGCCCAGAGACCGCCAAAGGCUUUCACUUCGUCUACCAAGCUGUGCCCCGGACCAGCUCGACCCAGUGCAACUCUGUCCCUGAGCCACGCUUCGGCAAGCGCGUCGGGAACGACUUUGCGGUGGGCGCGGCGGUGACAUUUGAGUGCAACCCUGGCUACACCCUGCACGGCUCCUCUGCCAUCCGCUGCGAAUCGGUGCCCGACGCCCUGGCACAGUGGAACGACUCCCUGCCCACAUGCAUCGUGCCAUGUGGAGGUGUGCUCACGGCCCGCAAGGGGACCAUCCUGUCCUCAGGCUACCCGGAGCCCUACGACAACAACGUCAACUGUGUGUGGAAGGUGACGGUGCCAGAGGGCGCAGGGAUCCAAAUCCAAGUUGUGAGUUUCGCCACAGAGCAUAACUGGGACUCCCUGGAGUUCUAUGACGGACCGGACAGCAAUGCGCCCAGACUGGGAAGCUAUUCAGGGACGACCAUUCCCCCGCUGCUCAACACCACCUCCAACAACUUGUACCUCAACUUCAUCUCCGACAUCAGUGUGUCCGCUGCAGGCUUCCAUCUGGAGUACACCGCUAUCGGUUUGGAGUCGUGCCCGGAGCCUCAGACCCCCAACUACGGCAUCAAGCUGGGUGACCGCUACAUGGUGGGAGACGUGGUGCAGUUCCAGUGCGAACAGGGCUACUCUCUGCAGGGGAAUGCGUACAUCACAUGCAUGCCAGGACCUGUGAGGAGGUGGAACUAUCCAGUACCUCUCUGCUUAGCUCAAUGUGGCGGCUCCAUGACGGAGGUCAGUGGUGUGAUCCUGAGCCCCGGUUUCCCUGGCAACUAUCCCAGCGGACUGGACUGCACCUGGACCGUCAAACUGCCCAUCGGCUUCGGCAUCCACCUGCAGUUCCUGAACUUCUCCACGGAGGCGAUCCACGACUACCUGGAGGUGCGUAGUGGCAACGCGGAGUCGGGCACGGUGAUCGACCGCUUCAGCGGGCCCCAGUUGCCCCAGGCUUUCUUCAGCACCACGCACGAGACCGGCUUCUUCUUCCACAGCGACUACUCGCAGAACAAGCCCGGCUUCCAGAUCACAUACCAGGCGUACCAGCUGCAAAGCUGCCCGGACCCUCGGCCCUUCCAGAACGGCAUCGUGAUCGGCGGUGACUUCAGCGUGGGCAUGACGGUGUCGUUCGAGUGCCUGGCCGGAUACUCUCUGAUCGGGGAGGCGUCCCUCACCUGCCUGCACGGCAUCAGUCGCAACUGGAACUUCCCCGUGCCACGAUGCGAAGCUCUGUGUGGCGGGAACAUCACGUCCAUGAAUGGCACCAUCUUCUCCCCGGGUCACCCCGCCGAGUACCCCAACUUCCAGGACUGCGUGUGGAACGUGCGCGUGCCGCCCGGCUACGGCAUCUUCAUCAACUUCACCACGCUCAGUACGGAGCCCAUCUAUGACUACAUCACCGUAUGGGAUGGUCCUGACCAGAGCUCUCCCCAGAUUGGCCAGUUCAGCGGGAACACGGCCCUGGAGUCCGCCUACACCACAUCCAAUCAGAUCCUCAUCAAGUUCCACAGCGACUUCAGUGGGAGUGGCUUCUUCGUGCUCAGUUACCAUGCCUACCAGCUGCGAGUGUGCCAGCCGCCUCCCGAGGUUGCUAACGCCGACACGCUAAUGGAGGAUAAUGACUUUGAAAUAGGUGAUAUCAUCCGCUACCGGUGUCACCCUGGCUUCACGCUGGUGGGUAGUGAGGUGCUGACGUGUCGCCUGGGGGAGCGUCUGCAGAUGGAUGGCCCCCCUCCUGUAUGUCAAGUCCAGUGCCCGGCCCAUGACAUCCGGUACGACUCGAGCGGCGUGAUCCUGAGCCCGGGAUACCCCGACAGCUACCCCAACCUGCAGAUGUGCUCCUGGAGCAUCAACGUGGAGAAGGGCUACAACAUCACGCUCUACUUCGAGUACUUCCAGACCGAGAAGGAGUUCGACAUCCUGGAAGUCUUUGAUGGCCCCACCACCCACAGCCAGGUGCUGGCCACCCUGAGCGGUGACAUCUCCACCCCCUUCAACAUCACCACCACGGGGCACCAGCUGCUGCUGCGCUGGACGGCGGACCACGGCACCAACAAGAGGGGCUUCCGCGUGCGCUAUGUCGCGCUGUACUGCAGUACGCCGGAGUCUCCGCUGCACGGCUCGGUCAGCAGCCAGACGGGCGGACACGUCAACAGCCAGGUGCGCUGGGCCUGCGACCGCGGCUACCGCCUGGUGGGCAAGGGCACCGCCGUCUGCAAAAAGACGCUGUUCGGCUUCUACGACUGGGACACACCUGUGCCUGCUUGCCAAGCGGUGUCGUGUGGGGUGCCUAAGGCGCCCCUGAAUGGGGGUGUGCUGGCAGCUGACUACUCGGUGGCCACGCGUGUGACCUACUUCUGUAACGACGGCUACCGCCUCUCCUCCAAGGAGCUGACCAGCGCCGUGUGCCAACCGGACGGCACCUGGAGCAACCACAACAAGAUCCCGCGCUGCUCAGUGGUGGUGUGCCCCAGUAUCGGCUCCUUCUCCCUGGAGCACGGGCGUUGGCGCAUCGUCAACGGCUCCCACUACGAGUUCCGCACCAAGAUCAUCUUCACCUGUGACCCAGGCUACUACCGCCUAGGCCCCGCCAGCAUCCAGUGCACGGCCAACGGCGCCUGGAGCUGGAAGAACGACCGCCCACGCUGCGAGAUCAUCUCGUGCGGCCUGCUGCCCUCGGUGCCAAACGGUAAGAAGAUCGGUACCCAGUCCUCCUUCGGGGCGACGGCCAUCUUCACCUGUGACAACGGCUACAUGCUGGUGGGCUCCACCGUCCGCGAGUGCCUGUCAUCCGGACUGUGGAGUGGCACCGACACACGCUGCCUGGCGGGCCACUGUGGGACUCCGGAGCCGAUAGUGAAUGGUCAGGUGAUCGGUGAGAACUACGGUUACCGGGAUACGGUGGUGUACCAGUGCAGCCCCGGCUACCGCCUCAUUGGCUCCUCCGUCCGCAUCUGCUACCAGGACCACAACUGGUCCGGAGAACUGCCCGUCUGCGUCCCCAUCAGCUGCGGCCACCCCGGCAGCCCGAUCUACGGCCGCACGGUGGGCAACGGCUUCAACCUGAACGACGUGGUGAGCUUCACCUGCAACAUGGGCUACGUGAUGGAGGGCCCGGUGCGCGCCCAGUGCCAGGCCAACCGCCAGUGGAGUCAGCCGCCACCAACGUGUAAAGUGGUCAACUGUUCGGACCCAGGCAUACCGGCAAACUCCAUCCGGCAGAGCAAGAUCGAGCACGGCAACUUCACCUUUGGGACGGUGGUGUUCUACGACUGCAACCCGGGGUACUACCUGUUCGGGUCGCCCGUCCUGAUGUGCCAACCCACGGGCCAGUGGGACAAGCCCCUGCCGGAGUGCAUCGUGGUGGACUGUGGCCACCCGGGCUCUCCGCCUAACGGGCUGCUGGUCGGGGACAAGUUCACCUUCGGCUCCACGGUGCGCUACUCCUGCACCGGCGGACGCAAGCUCAAGGGCGAGUCCUCCCGGACCUGCCAGCUCAACGGACACUGGAGCACACCUAUGCCCUUCUGCUCAGGUGACUCGUCGGGCACAUGUGGGGACCCCGGCACCCCGUCCCACGGCAGCAGGGGGGAGAGUGACUUCCGCAUCCGCAGCAAGGUGCACUUCAACUGCUCCACGGGGUACACGCUGCACGGCUCGCAGGAGAGGACCUGCUUCCCAAACGGCACCUGGUCCGGAGCCCAGCCCUCAUGCAGACCGGUGCAGUGUGGGAACCCGGGGACCCCCAGUAACGGCCGCGUGUUCCGCCUGGACGGCACCACCUUCUCCCACUCGGUGGUGUACUCCUGCAUGGAGGGGUACCUGCUCUCCGGAUCCACCACCCGCGAGUGCCUGGCCAACGGAUCCUGGUCUGGCAGCAAUCCCAACUGCACCAUGAUCCACUGUGGUGACCCGGGAGUGCCAGCCAAUAGCGUGCGGCACGGCGAGGACUUCACCAUCGGCCAGAACGUGAGCUUCGUGUGCCAGCUGGGCUACGUCAUGGAGCCCGACGGAUCGCCGCUACGCACCUGCACCGCCAACGGCACCUGGAGCGGAAUCAUGCCCUCAUGCAGAGCGGUCACCUGUGCGUCUCCUCCGCCCGUCUCCAACGGGGCUCUGGAGGGGAGUGAUUUCGAGUGGAGCAGCAGUGUCAGCUACAGCUGCACGGCCGGCUACGAGCUCUCCUUCCCCGCCUACCUCACCUGCGUGGGCAACGGCACCUGGCACGGGGAGGUGCCCCAAUGCCUGCCCAAGUUCUGCGGUGAUCCCGGGAUGCCUGCCCAUGGCUCGCGGGAGGGGCGGAGCUUCAUCUACCAAUCAGAAGUGUUGUUCAGCUGCAGCCCGCCCUAUAUCCCCGUGGGGAGCACCACGCGCUUCUGCCAGGCGGACGGAACGUGGAGCGGCCUGCAGCCUCGAUGCAUAGAACCCACUCGUACUACCUGUGAGAACCCUGGAACUCCUCGCUACGGUUCCAUGAACAGAACCUCUGGCUUCAAGGUGGGCAGCACGGUGGCCUUCCAGUGCCAGCCGGGGCACCUUCUGCUGGGCUCCACAACCCGCCUGUGCCAGGUCGACCUCACCUGGAGCGGCACGCAGCCCGAGUGCAUCCCUCACUCGUGUAAGCAGCCCGAGAGCCCUCCUCACGUGUCGGUGGUGGGCAUGGACCUGCCGUCCUUCGGCUACACGCUGGUCUACACCUGCCAGCCAGGUUACUUUCUGUCUGGAGGCUCCGAGCACCGCGUAUGCCGCUCAGAUGGAACCUGGAGUGGCAAGAUGCCCCUGUGCAGAGCUGGAUCCAAGGCAUCGGAGAAGCCCAUGAAACCAGUUCCAGGGACGCCCAGCCCCAAACUGAAUGUCCCUGAUGACGUAUUCGCCCCCAACUACAUCUGGAAAGGCUCCUACAACUACAAGGGCAAGAAGCAGCCGAUGACGUUGAGCAUCACAAGCUUCAACACCAGCACGGGUAGAGUUAACGUCACGUUGACCAACAGCAACAUGGAGCUCCUGCUCUCAGGUGUCUAUAAGAGCCAGGAGGCGCGGCUGAUGCUCCUCCUCUACGAAGUGAAGGCCUCCACUCACAUCACACUGAGCGCGCUCAAAGAGGAAGCGUGGUCCAUGGAUGGUUUUGUAUCAGCAGAGCCAGACGGUGCCACCUAUGUCUUUCAAGGCUUCAUACAGGGUAAAGACUACGGCCAGUUCGGACUCCAAAGACUAGGUCUGAACAUGUCGGAGAGUAAUAACUCAUCCCAUCCCCCCCUCGGUACGAACAGCAGUUCUGUGGCCAUAGCAAUCCUUGUGCCUUUUUUCGCCCUGAUAUUCGCAGGCUUUGGCUUCUAUCUCUACAAACAGAGGACUACUCCUAAGACCCAGUACACGGGCUGUUCAGUUCACGAGAACAACAAUGGGCAGGCGGCGUUCGAGAAUCCCAUGUACAACACCAACGCCAAGUCGGUGGAGGGCAAGGCAGUCCGAUUCGACCCCAACCUCAACACGGUCUGCACAAUGGUAUAAUGAAGUCUGCUCCGCGUACGAAAGAAAAGAAAAGAGAAAUGAAAAACAAAACAAAAACGCAAAGACAACAACAGACAAACAAACAGACGGACGGAUGAACAAACAAACAAACAUACAAACUGCAUCUUUUUUUAGUAUAUAACGACAAUGGAGCGAACGGCUUUCUUUGCAAACAUGGAGAGAUUUGUGGACUAGAGGAGACUGGACUAGAGGUUCACAGCAGUCAUUUGGGAACUCGUCCCGACUGCAACUCGUAUCUAAAGCACAUCCUUCAGGACCCAUGAAUUGACCAUGUGCAUCUAUCUCGGAGGACACUGGGAAUAUUACUAUUACCAAGUUUUAUUUUUGAGUUGUUGGUUUGUUUGUUUUUUUAUUUUAGUUUAUUUUUUAUUUUGUUUAGAAUUUUUUUUUUUCCAAAUGACCACGUUCUGGAAGAACUUGGAAACCAGAACUUGGAAAACGAACAAAAUCUUCACGUCAAGUCGUUUCUCAGCGUGGAGAGUGUCCUGCCUAUUAUGUAUUACUACUCCUGCACUCCAUGAGUGCUUCUACACUGAUAGACUGGGUCUUUUUUGAGCGAAAAGAAAAUCUGUAAAAAAUCUUCUUGCAUAUUAUAUGAGGAGCAUUCACCACCUAUAUUUUUGUGCUAUAUAUAUUACCAAGUGGGGGGCCAGGCCCUGAGAAAGGAAAAACAAAUUCUACGAAG